AUGAAGAAUGACAGGCAGUCCAACAUAUUGGUCCAGGCUCCUGCCUCACAUCAGAACCAUGUGAAUUCUGAUGACCUGCUCACGACCCUUCUCACCCCUCUCACGACCAAGCCCAUGGCUGAUAUUGGUAUCGCCCCACAAGAGUGGCACAAGAUCCUAGACAUGCUUCACUGGCCUGGUCCAGACAAACAAAUUGAAGAUCUGUCCGCAAGCACGGAUCCAUCCAGCUCAUAUUUUUACAUUCCUGGGCUGCAGAAGAGCUACCAGGUAGGGGAAGAAUUGUGUGUCACAGUGGUGGCCAGAGAUUUCCACCAGAACCCCAAGCCAUAUGGAGGUGACUUCUUCCAGGCCAAGCUUUACUCACCCAAUCUGAAGGCAGGCCCUCUCUUGGCAGUGGAUGUAGAAAAUAACAUACUCUUGCACUGGAGGGCUCAUGGCAUACCAUUGCGUUCCCGAACAUCCCCAAUAGCUGACUUGCACUACAUCAGCAAUGAGAUUGACGGUAUUGCAGGCGGUCCGCACAAGGUCAUCGGCUUCACCAUCUGGGCCCACUUCACUAGUUUCCCGCUUAAAUAUUACAUCCGCCGUGUGGCAAGGAUUCGCCAAGCUGUUAUCGCACUGCUGAAGCGAGCACCUGACACCAUUGUCGCCAUCAAGUCUGCCAACACCAGCUAUAAGACUGUGUAUGGCAGUGACUGGUUUUCCAUACAGUUGGACACAAUAUUGAGGGCCACCUUCCAGGGGAUUAAUGUGGCCUUCAUAGAUGUUUGGCAAAUGACCUCCUGCCACUACAGUCCCGAAAACAUCCAUCCCAAUGCAAUUAUUAAUCAAAAUGAGAUCAACCUUUUGAUGUCAUUCAUCUGCCCUGUCUGA